GGAAGAUAGUGGAUGUCAAGCUUACCGAGGAACAGGAAAAAGAGUUGGCAAACGAGGUUGCACCCGACAACUCGAAGGGCCGGUGCGUUUCCCGACCGUAUCGCGCGCUGGUCCCUUGCGACCAAUUACGGUACCGGAGCUGGAGCUGUGACACCAGGCAGGAGUGUGUGGACCAGUGCGAGCGGGCCGGCGUUGACGUCUACGGCUAUCCUCGCUGUGGGGGUUUCGUGUUCAACGAGAGAACGCGGUUUGGUCGACUGCUGCUGCCCCGGCCACUGCCCUCGGAGGUCCAGUCUCCGGUGCAACGGUACCGCAAGAGCUGCCAGGUGUUCACCCCGACGCACCGAAACUACCAUCUGCAGGACGGCGUGUUCACCUUCUACCGCAAGGGCUGCGGGCGGCCCCCGGGGAAAAUUCCGGUGCGGCACCCCGAGACAAUCCCCCCAUCGGAGCUGGACGUGAAGACCGCUGCCGGAGAGAGUGCUCCUGGUGGUACCGGACAGGAGCAGAAAAGUGCUGGCGACGGAGAAUCAUCAGGUGAACAAGAAGAAACGCCCGAGCCCAUGGCGCUUUCCGCUCUGGAGGGAUCCGAGACGGCAGCGUGGAAGCCGCGGCCGGGAAUGGGCGCGGGGACGGACCACUUUUCCCUGAAGCACGAGAUCGAGAACUUCCUCGGAAUUCGUCAGGACAACGUGAAGAAGGUCCGCGGGGCGAGAAACAUCAAACAGACGGUGGAUGAAAUGACGCCAUUGCAGAAGCGGAAACAGCAGUACACGCACGUGAUGAGCCACUUCGACGUCGGAGGGCUUCCGACCAUGGUCGCGCACGUGAAGAAGGAUCUGGAACUGCUGGACGAAGAGGUCCGGAAGCUGCCGCGGCCGGCGGCCGUGCACUCGAUGAUCGCCAAGUGCCGCGCGGACGUGAAAUACACGGACUUCGAGCCCGACGAGGGGGGCUUCAAGGGCGGACUGAGGAAUUUCAAGGGCGAGGCGCAGAAUGGGAUCGCGGAAGACCCGCGGCGGAAGGUUCUCGCCGAAGCCGGAGCCCUGGGGGAUGCGGACACCGCCGCCGAACUCCGCCACCUGCAGGAGCUCCGCGACACGAUUCUAGUCGAGCACCACGCGGAACGGCGGCUCUGCAACCACCUGGGUCAGAUCUGGGAAACCGUGCGACCUUUGCCACUGCGCGCCUCACCGUGGGACUCCCGUGUGUCUAUCAACGGCGCGGUGCAACCGGGACCGAAGAAACCGGCCGACACUCCGAACCACACUUCGGCACAAAACAUCCGCGGUGUCGUGAUUCCGCCGGACCGGAAGGUACGCGUAGUCGGGAUUCUCAGCGACAAGGACAGCAACGGCACGAUUUGCGAGGUGCAA